GAUGCCGCUACAAGAGGUUUAAACGUUGCAUUAGUUGAGAGAAACGAUUUUGCAAGUGGUACUUCUUCAAAAUCAACUAAAAUGGCCCAUGGUGGUGUUAGAUAUUUGGAAAAGGCUUUUUGGCAAUUGUCAAAAGCUCAAUUAGAUUUGGUUAUUGAAGCUUUGAAUGAACGUAAUAAUAUGAUUAAAACUGCUCCUCAUUUGGUUACAAUCUUGCCUAUUUUAAUUCCAGUUUACACUUAUUGGCAAGUUCCUUAUUUCUAUGUUGGUACUAAGAUGUAUGAUUUAUUUGCUGGAAGACAAAAUUUAAGAUCUUCAUUCUUAAUGGGUCCUUCCAAGACUUUAGCUGUUGCUCCACAAUUGGAUGGUAAAAAUUUGAAAGCCGGUUUAGUUUAUCAUGAUGGUUCUUUCAAUGAUUCAAGAUUAAACUCUACCUUAGCUGUCACUGCUAUUGAAAAUGGUGCUACUGUGUUGAAUUAUGUUGAUGUUACUCAAUUGUUGAAAAAAGAUGGUAAAGUUGUUGGUGCUUUAGCUAGAGAUCGAGAAACUGGUAAAGAAUACAAAAUUAAUGCUAAAUCUGUUGUCAAUGCUACUGGUCCUUAUGCUGAUGUUAUCUUGGAUAUGGAUAAAGAUCCUCAAGGUUUUGCUCCAAAAGAAGUACAAAAACCAAAAAUGGUUGUUCCUUCAGCAGGUGUUCAUAUUGUUUUACCAGAUUAUUAUUGUCCAAAAGAAUUGGGUAUCUUGGAUGCUAACACUUCAGAUGGUCGUGUUAUGUUUUUUUUACCAUGGCAAGGAAAAGUUUUAGCUGGUACUACUGAUGUUCCAUUAGAUAAAAUCCCAGAAAACCCAACCCCAACUGAAGCUGAUAUUCAAGACAUUUUACAAGAAUUGCAACACUAUAUUAAAUUCCCAGUUAGAAGAGAAGAUGUUUUAAGUGCUUGGUCAGGUAUCAGACCAUUAGUUAAAGAUCCAAGAGCUAAAGAUUCAGGUUCUACACAAAAUUUGGUUAGAUCUCACUUAUUAUUUACUUCAGAUACCGGUUUAGUUACUAUUUCAGGUGGUAAAUGGACUACUUAUAGAGAAAUGGCUGAAGAAACUAUUAAUGAAGUUGUUAGAAACCUUCAAUUACCUGUUAAAAAAUCAGUUACCAAAAAUUUGAUCUUGGCUGGUGGUGAAAACUAUGAUACCACUUUAGCUCCAAGAUUGGCUCAAAAAUAUGGUAUCACUGCUCCAUUAGCUGAACAUUUAGCUGCCAAUUAUGGUACUAGAGCUCCAUUAAUCUUGGAAAUUUAUAAACAAGAUAAGACCAAUCAAUUACCUGUUGGUUUAGCUGCUUCAACUGAUAACAUUUCUUAUGAACAAUUCCAACACCCAUUCAGUGUUGCUGAAUUGAAAUAUUGUAUUAAGUAUGAAUAUAUUAGAACUCCAGUUGAUUUCUUGGCUAGAAGAACAAGAUUAGCAUUUUUAGAUUCAAAAGCUGCUGCUCAAUCAAUUGAUGGUGUUGUUAAAGUUUUAGGUGAUGAAUUGAAUUGGGAUUCUUCAAAGAGAAGUGAAGAAACUCAAAAAGCUAGUGAAUUUAUCAAGACUUUUAAUUAAUGAUAUGAUAAUUUUAAUGGGUGGUGAAGACAAGAUGAAAGAGAUGAUAUAAUAUUCCCGUAUUUAUGAAUGAACUAUAAAAGACAAAGUUUUAAUUGAAAUCUUUUAAAAUGAAUAAUAAUAAUAAUAACAAAAAAAAAAAUUUAAAAAGUACUAUAAAAGGUGUUGUUUUCUUUGAUGUUUUUCCUUCUUGUCACUUUUGGCUACAGUUCAAUGAUGGUUUUUUUUGGUUUGAUUUCUAAAGUUGCAUG